AUGUCCACCUCCCUGAAGUCCAUCCGCUCCCUCGCACCACUCCUCGACCGCGUCCUCGUGCAACGCAUCAAGGCAGAGACCAAGACCGCAUCCGGUAUCUUCCUGCCCGAGUCGGCUGUCAAGGAAUUGAACGAGGCGAAGGUUUUGGCUGUUGGGCCUGGUGGUUUGGAUAAGGAUGGGAAGAGAGUCGCUUGUGGUGUUAAGGCUGGGGAUAGAGUUUUGAUUCCUCAGUACGGUGGAUCCCCAGUCAAGGUCGGAGAUGAGGAGUAUUCCCUCUUCAGAGAUCACGACAUCCUCGCCAAGAUCAACGAGUAA